AUGACGUCCGUGCUCUUCUCCGCGCCCGUGGCGCCAGUCGCCAACAUGGACGCCGCGCAGCAGCAACAGACCUCAGCCGCCGCCGCCGCUGCGCCGUCGUCGCAGCAGCCGCGCAUGCUGGCGCAGUAUCAGGUGCUUCAGACGCUGGGCUCGGGGCUCCAGGGCAAGGUGAAGCUGGGCGUGGACACCGUGACGCACCAGCGCGUGGCGCUCAAGGUCAUCGACAUGGCCAAGCUGCACCGCAAGGCCAUGAUCAACGUGUACCGCGAGGUGGAGGCCAUGUCGCGCGUCUCGCACAGCAACGUGCUGCGGCUACUGUCCGUGCACGACGACGUGCCGUACCCGAAGAAGGACGGCAGCAGCAAGCAGGUGAUCGUCAUCGUGCUGGAGCUGGCCACGGGCGGAGAGCUCUUCGACUUCAUGAUGUACACGGGCUGCUUCUCGGAGAACAUCGCGCGCGCCUACUUCCAGCAGCUCGUGGCCGGGCUCGAGGCGUGCCACGCGCAGGGGGUGUACCACCGAGACAUCAAGCCGGAGAACCUGCUGCUCGACGAGGGCUUUGCGCUGAAGAUCGCAGACUUUGGCCUUUCGGGACUGAGAGAGGGGGCCGACGGCGCCGUCGCCGAGCUGUACACGCAGUGCGGCACCAGAGGAUACAUGAGCCCGGAGGUGCUGUCCUGCCUUCCGUACGAAGGAGAGCCCGCCGAUGUCUGGUCCGCGGGAGUGGUGCUAUUUAUCAUGCUGGCGGGGUUCCCGCCCUUCCAGAUCGCCACCAACCAGGACUGGUGGUUCAGAGCCUGCGCUGCCAAGCAGCACGAGGCAUUUUGGGCGGCGCACGCGCGCUCCGCCACCUUCUCGCCCGGCGCCAUGUCGCUCAUGACGCGCAUCUUCAACGUAAAGCCGCAGGAGCGUAUCACACUCGCAGAGAUCAAGACACAUCCCUGGUUCAAGGAGAACGCUGUAUCAUCCGAGGAGCUGCGUGCAGAACUGCUCAGCCGCAAGCUGCAGGUGGAGGAUGAGAAGCGCAAGGAGCGCGAGGAGAAGCUGCGCGCUGCCGCUAAGCAGCGUCUGCAGCAACAAGACGAGGAGUUCGACCCGUUCAACAUGGAUGUCGAGCGAUCAAUGGCGAUUCCGACUGCAGCGGCGCCCGCAACGGCAGAGGUAAGUUCGAAGAAGGCACCGUCGUACCCGGCCGCCAGCGUGGCGCUCUAUACCAGCUUCCAGUCGAGCCGGACGGCCACAGAGUUGCAGACGCGCGUGGAGAAGGCGCUGACGGAGCACUCGGCGCGCUUUGUGGCGCACAAGGACCGCUUCAAAACCAAGGCCACGAUGACUGCGGAUGCUGAGGACGUGGGCUUUGCUGUGCGCAUCUACUCACUAGACAAUGUAAGGAGCCCCUGCGAGGACGACCGGCGGCAGCCUGAGCACGUCGUUGCUGCGAGCGAGCGGAGGAGGAGGGUCCGUGACCGCAACUAG